AUGGGAGACCCUGGGUUUGGCCGGUUUCCGAUCACCUUAAACCCUACGGCAAAAGAAUUCCGACCAGCUGUUCCGUACACCCAAAACGGCGAUUUACUACUCCCACGUUUAUUUUACUCAUAUCCUUACAAUUUUCCGCCAUCGCCGCCGUCUGCGGCGGCGGUAAUGGUGUCAGGUCCACAUCCGACGCUUCCUCCACCGUCCCCCGUACCGACUCGUGCACUACUCUUGAGCUCCGUCCCUACUGACGUCAGCGAAUCGACGGUCCGGCGAGAAUUAGAGGUGUUCGGCGACGUGAGAGCCGUACAAAUGGAGAGACUACGCGACGGAAUCGUUACAGUCCAUUUUUACGAUCUCCGGCAAGCGGCGGAGGCGUUGAAAGAGAUUCAGGAACAACACAUGCAACAACAGUUCCGGCUACGGAAACAUUUCGACGGAAUUAUGUUAUCAUCGCCGGUGAAUCCGCCAGAACCGUAUAUUCACCACUCUCCGCCCCUUCCGCCACCUGCCCACGGCCUUCUCUCCGGCCGAGCUAUCUGGGCUCAGUUCACUUUUCCUGUUGCCGCUGGACUUCCCGACGGCUACAACCAAGGCACCGUCGUUAUAUUCAACUUGGAUUCCACCGUCUCCAUCGGAAAACUUACCGAGAUUUUUGAAUCGUUUGGGUGUAUUAAGGAAUUCAGAGAAUCCCCAUUGAAGAAGAACCAAAAAACUGUGGAGUUUUACGACACUCGUAACGCAGCGAAGGCCGUUGCCGCCGUGAACGGCCAAGAAAUCGAUGGGAAGGUGGUGGUGGUGGAGUUCAGUCGUCUUGGUGGUGGUCAAAAAUAUAACUACAAGCAAAAUAAGUUUCAUCCGAUUAAUUCCGGUGGAGUUCCGCCGUUGCAUAUUAACGUCACCCGUAAAUUCCUCCCGGCACCCAUCGUUCCUUACCGCCCACAGCCGCCCCCAUCGCCACCGCAUUAUGGAAAAGAUCGGUCACAGUCGCCGGAACAACAAGGGAGAUGGGUUGGCGGUGGUGGUGGUUGCAACGGUGGCCGGAAUAAAAUCUUUAAGGGAUCAAGAUACAGCCGAGAAAAAUCCGAUCCGAGGUUUCUGAUCAAAGAAGACGGGACGAUUUCGAGCUUUCAAGAUUCAAGAACAACAGUGAUGAUCAAAAAUAUUCCAAACAAAUACAGUCAGAAGCUGCUACUGAACAUGCUGGACAACCACUGUAUUCACUGCAAUGAGCAGAUGGAGGCGGCCGGCGGUGACCAACCACCGUCGUCUUAUGAUUUCGUAUAUCUUCCCAUCGAUUUCGUGAACAAAUGCAAUGUGGGAUAUGGGUUCGUGAACAUGACGUCGCCGGAGGCAGCACGGCGGCUUUACACGGCGUUCCACCAUCAAAAUUGGGAGGUUUUCAACUCCAAGAAAAUCUGUGAGGUUUCUUAUGCUAGAUUGCAGGGUCUAGAGGCGUUAAAGGAGCAUUUCAAGAACUCAAAGUUUCCACGGGAGGCGGAGGAGUAUAUGCCGGUUGUUUUCACGCCACCGCGGGAUGGUCGGACUGUGACCGAACCCAUGCCGAUCGUCGGCUGUAGCAGCACCGUCACCGUCACUUCACCACCGCCAUCAUCGUCGUCAGAAGUCGGAGGAGAUGAUUCGACAGAUGGGAGAUCUUUCUUGGAUGGUAAUGUGCUUGUUGAAGAUGUGAAAUGUGACGAUGGCAAUGGCGUCACGGCGGCGACCACCACCAGUACCGCCGCAAAUGGCGGCGAUUGA